AUGAGGACGAUGAAGCAUACUGCGAUUACAGCAGAGAAGAAGGCUAGGGCUGAUGAUGAUAAUGGUUGCAAGUCUUUUGCAGCAGCGAGGCUUGUCCAGGCGAAGAAACAAUCGGCUCCACCAAUGAGACUUUCUCAAAACCCUAAAUCUCUGAUUAAGAAAAACCUGAAGAAGAAGAAGCCUCAUGACGAGUUUUGUAAGUCUGUUUCAACAAGGCCGCUAGAGAUAACGAAGAAGAAGCAGUCGACUCUGAAAGUCUCUGGAAACCCUAAAUUUGUGCCAGCCGUGGUGAAGAAGAACGAUAAGGAUACGUUAGAGCUGUUCGAAAUAGCCAAGAAAUCAGCGGAUGUGGCCAACGCAAAGGGACUUCUAGCGGCUAAAGCAGAGACAUCAAUCUGUGUGGAUACUCUCUCUUUGCUCAUCGGUUUUCCCAUAAGCGCAACAGUUCCUGAAACGAGGAGAAUCAUGGACAGGCUUGGUCAUCUCACGAAGCACAAAGACAGGAAAAUCUGCACUUCCGCAUCAGUUCUUCUUCAACACUGGAAUCAGAGUAUAAGAGAUCAACAACAUUAA